CCGCCUCGGCAGCGCUGUAGCACACCGGAGAUGCCAAGAUGGCUGCAAGCAAUUAUUAUGGCUUCACACAUGGUGCCGCCGGUCCGCAAUACAGUGCCCAGCCUCCUCCGGCCUACUCCCACCCCUCCACGGCCAGCUACACGGUGCAGCAGGCCCCGACGGUGGCCCACGCAGUGACCGCCUCCUACUCCGCAGCCCCGGUCCAGGCGGCCAGGCCGGUGGCCUCGGCCCCGUACUCCGCCUACCAGACCCACCAGGCUCCGCCCGACUAUGCGUACAGGCAGCCGGAGCCCCCCGUGCCCCCUCAGCCCGUGACCGCGCCGCAGACGUACCAGGUCUACACGGACACGGACAACUACACCUACGGGAGACCGCCACCAGUCACAAGCUACGAGACAAAGCCGCAGUACUACCAGACCAGUAUAGCCCCGGCUCAGAGGACGCCCGCCGAGAGCUACUACCAGACCAUCGCCGUGAAGAGCGGCUACAGCGCGGCCCCCACCACGGUGUACAGCCAGCCGCCGCCCCCCCAGAGGCAGGUGACGGCCCUGAAGCCCCUGGCCCCCGCCAGCGCCGUGUCCGCCAGCUACAACAUCUACCCGGUCUCCACCAGCGUGCAGCAGCCGCCCGCCCCCAUCUCCUCCUACGCCCCGGGCUCCGUCUUCAGCUCGGCCGCGGCCGCCACCUCCUACUCUGGCCUCAGCUACUCCAGCUAUGACUCCACGGGCUACACCUCCACGGCCACGCCCUCCUACUACCAGCCCCCCCAGCAGACCCUCUCGCAGCCCCCGCCGCUGCCCCAGCCGCCCCCCCUCCAGCAGCCCCCCAAGCAGCUGACCAGCGCCUCGUGGAGCAGCGCGGGCAGCAACAUGGUGACGGCCCCGGCGGCCAACGCCUACAAGAAGCCCAUGUUCCACCAGAACAAGCUGCAGAAGCCCAAAGGGCCCCCCAAGCAACCGCAGCUGCACUACUGUGACAUCUGCAAGAUCAGCUGUGCUGGCCCUCAGACCUACAAGGAGCAUCUGGAGGGGCAGAAGCACAAGAAGAAGGAGGCCGCCCUGAAGUCCGGGGGCCAGACGGGGGCCCCCAACGGGCCCCGGGGGGUGCAGACCCAGCUACGCUGCGAGCUGUGCGACGUCUCCUGCACGGGCGUGGACGCCUACGCCGCUCAUAUACGCGGGGCCAAACACCAGAAGGUGGUGAAACUCCACACCAAGCUGGGCAAGCCCAUCCCCUCCACGGAGCCGGUGCUGGUGAACUCUGCUCCAGUGUAUACCACCACGUCGGCGGGGAAGUCCUCCACCGCCACCACCUCCGUGUCCGCCUCCACCCUCUCCUCCUCCUCCUCCUCCUCCUCCUCAACGCCAUCGGCAGCAGCCACAGCGCCUGUAUCGGGAGCCAAGCCAGCUGCUGCGAACGCCGCCGCCAAAGCGACGGCCCCCCACGCAAAGAAGACGCCCGCCCUCAGGAUCGCUGUUUCCAGUAAGGCCGCCCCGGCCCCCGCUGUAGCAGCGGCCCCCGCGGCUGCAGCGGCCCCCAAGGCAGAGGAACCCAAGCCCAAGGCGGCGGCCAGGCCCAAGGACCCGCUGAGUGAGGACGACGACAGCGACCGAGCCGGAGGCCAGAGCGACGUCCAGCCAGUGGGACCAGACUAUGUGGAGGAGGUGUGCAACGACGAGGGCAAGGUGAUUCGCUUCCACUGUAAACUCUGUGAAUGCAGCUUUAACGACCCCAACGCUAAGGACAUGCACUUAAAGGGGAGGAGGCACCGGCUCCAAUACAAAAAGAAGGUGAACCCGGAGCUGCCGGUGGAGAUCAAGCCCAGCAACCGGGCCAGGAAGCUGCAGGAGGGCAAGCUGAGGAAGCAGAAGCAGAAGGCCGUGCUGAAGAGGCAGCGGGACGACGAGCAGCGCUGGCACCUGGAGAUGAGGCGUUAUGAGGAGGACAUGUACUGGAGGAGGAUGGAGGAGGAGCAGAUGUACUGGGGGGAGCAGAGGCGCAGGUUGACCCCGCCCCCUCUGAUGAGUCGUCCCGGUAUGCCAGUGCCGCCGCUCCUGACGUGCGUGCGUCGGCCGGACUCUCCAGACGACCGGCACAUCAUGGCCAAGCACUCCACCAUCUACCCCGUGGAGGAGGAGCUUCAGGCCGUCCAGAGGAUCGUCUCCCACUCGGAGAGAGCCCUCAAGCUGGUGUCUGACUCCCUGCUGGAGAAGGAGGCCCCGGUGCCUGCGACCGCUCCGGACCCCGCUCCCAGUCCAACUCCCGCUCCUGAGGAAGGAGAGGAGAAGAGUGCGGAGAGCCCUGGGCGGCUGCUCAAAGGGGUGAUGAGAGUGGGCAUCCUGGCCAAGGGCCUGCUGCUUCACGGGGACCGCAACGUGGAGCUCAUCCUGCUCACCGCCAAGAAGCCCACGGCGGCCCUGCUGCAGAGCAUCGUGGUCCAGCUGCCCAAGGAGCUAGCCACCUUUUCUGAACAUCAGUAUGAGGUGCAGGCUCACCCUGACGAGGCCAGCAUCGUGAUAUUUUCGAGCAAGGAGCCCAAAAUGCAGGUGACCAUAUCUCUCACCUCGCCGCUGAUGAGGGAGGACCCUGCCGCCGACCGGGACAAGCGGGCAGCCGGCGAGGCGGCGGAGAAAGGCGUGGCCGACCAGGACCCCGCGGACGUCCUCGACAGGAAGAGGUGCUUGGACUACCUGGCGGCUCUCCGCCACGCCAAGUGGUUCCAGGCCCGCGCCAACGGCCUGCAGUCCUGUGUGAUCAUCAUCCGGGUGCUGAGAGACCUCUGCCAGCGAGAGGCGACCUGGGGCGCCAUGCCUGCCUGGGCCAUGGAGCUGCUGGUGGAGAAGAUAAUCAGCAGUGCCCCCGGCCCCCUCAGCCCCGGGGAGGCCAUGCGCCGGGUGCUCGAGUGCGUCUCCACGGGCAUCCUGCAGCCAGGGGGCCCAGGGCUGCUCGACCCCUGUGAGAAGGAGCCCACCGACGCCUUGUCCAGUAUGACCAGGCAGGCCAGGGAAGAGAUUACCGCCAGCGCACAGCACGCACUGCGUCUGCUGGCCUUCCGUCAGAUCCACAAGGUGCUGGGCAUGGAGUCCCUCCCGGCGUCCAAGGCCAGCGCGCGCAACCGCAAGCGCCGGAGAGACGCCAGCGACGGCGGGGACGGCGACGGGGAGGGCGAGGGUAAAAAAGACAAAAAGGAGGAGGAGGCGGUCGCCCCCGACGACGACGACGCGUGACCCCGGGGGGGGGGGGGGGCUACCCGGGGACCCCUGGAGAGGCACUCGUAGAAUGUCGCAACUCUAACCUUCUUUCUUAUCUUAAACGACAACAGAAUAACCCUAAAACACAGGUAUACAUAUUAUAACAUAAUUAUAACGGAAACGUUUUUUUCCUUUUCCUUUUCUUUGUGUGUGUGUGUUUGUGCCCUUAAAGCGAGAGGAUAGGAGU